AUGAAAGGUUUGAUUUUAGUCGGUGGUUAUGGUACUAGAUUGAGACCAUUGACUCUAACAGUUCCAAAGCCAUUGGUUGAAUUUGGUAACAGACCAAUGAUUCUACACCAAAUUGAAGCCUUGGCCGCUGCUGGUGUUACCGAUAUCGUUUUGGCUGUUAACUACAGACCUGAAGUUAUGGUUGAAACUUUGAAAAAAUACGAAGAGGAAUAUGGUGUUUCCAUUACCUUCAGUGUGGAAACUGAACCAUUGGGUACUGCUGGUCCAUUGAAAUUGGCUGAAAAGGUUUUGAAAAAGGAUAGCUCUCCAUUCUUUGUCUUGAACUCCGAUGUUAUCUGCGAAUAUCCAUUCAAGGUGUUGGCAGACUUCCACAAGGCUCACGGUGGUAAAGGUACUAUUGUUGCUACUAAGGUCGAUGAACCAUCUAAGUACGGUGUUAUCGUUCACGACAUUGCAACUCCUAACUUAAUCGAUAGAUUUGUCGAAAAGCCUGUUGAAUUUGUUGGUAACAGAAUUAAUGCUGGUCUUUACAUUUUGAACCCUGAAGUUAUCGAUAUGAUUGAUUUGAAACCAACCUCCAUUGAAAAGGAAACUUUCCCAGUCUUGGUUGAACAAAAGCAAUUGUACUCUUUUGAUCUAGAAGGUUACUGGAUGGAUGUCGGUCAACCAAAGGAUUUCCUAUCUGGUACUGUUUUGUACUUGAACUCUUUGAGAAAGCAUAAGCCAGAAAAAUUGGCCAAGGACAGCAAUGUGAUCGGUAAUGUUAUCGUUGACCCAACUGCCAAGAUCGACCCAAGCGCUAAGAUUGGUCCAGAUGUUGUCAUUGGUCCUAACGUUACCAUUGGCGAGGGUGUAAGAAUCACCAGAUCUGUUGUUCUAUCUAACUCUACCGUCAAAGCACACUCUUUGGUUAAGUCCACAAUCGUCGGCUGGGCUUCUACUGUUGGACAAUGGUGCCGUCUAGAAGGUGUUACUGUUUUGGGUGACGACGUUGAAGUUAAAGAUGAAAUUUACAUUAACGGUGGUAAGGUCUUACCUCACAAAUCCAUCUCUUCCAACGUCCCCGCGGAAGCCAUUAUUAUGUAA